AUGUUCCAACCGAGUGAUAAAGAAGAGAUCAAAAAAUGGGUAGAGGACAAUGUCAUCCCGGAAGUGGCACAGAAACUCCAUAAAAAUUACUCAAAAUCUGACACUAUUCUGAAUAUUUCCUACCCUGAAGGUUUUUUACUCCUUUCUACUGUAAUUUUCGCGGAGGUGUGCUUUAAGAAUUCAAAUUUAGAUGAGAAAGACGAAGUAGUGCAAUUAGUGAUAAAGCGACCUUCAUUAUUAGAUUCAUUUAACAACAUGAUGCAUUUGGACGCGUUGUUCCACAAUGAGAUCCUGUUCUACGAAAAGUUUUCACAAAGUGACAGUGUGAACGAAAGUGAGUUUCCGCGAUGUUUUUUUACCACUGAAGACCUUAAAAAUCCCGCGAGAAUGAUAAUAGUGAUUGAAAACAUCGUAAAUCUGGGCUACAAAAUGUGUUUAAAAAGUUACGACAUACCUUUCGAGUACGUAAUUGCAGCGAUGCAAGCGAUAGGACGUUUUCACGGAAUGAGUUAUGCAAUGAAGGUGCGUCAGCCGGAAAAAUUCGCGGAAAUAGUUGGCAAUCUUAUGGAGUAUCGCUAUUCCCCUGGAGAAACCUUCGGAAUGUUCAUAAAUUUGGUGUCUGUAAGACCUGUCGAGUACUUGCGGAAAAAGAACUAUGAUCCGGUUUUUCUUGACAAAAUGGAGGGUUUUCUUUCCAAUGCGUUUAAUAAUGUAAUGUUGGAAGCGGUAACCCCCAAAGAACCUCUUGCGACGCUGUGCCACGGUGACUUCACCAGAAGCAACAUUUUCUUCCGCGAAAAAAAUGGCAGUUUGGAAACUAUGUUAAUUGAUUUCGCGAUGCUCAGAUAUUCCUCACCGAGCAUUGAUGUUUCUACCUUUUUAUACUUGAAUUGCUCGACCAAGGACAGGAAUGAGCGAUUCCCAGAGAUUUUCAAGGCUUACUACAACGCUGUUAUUGGUUACCUGAAGGAGCAGAGGAUUGAAGAUUUGGAAAACUAUUCAGAGAAGAAUUUCAUGGAAGAUUACAAGCGUCACGCGAUGUUUGGGUUUGUUAUUGCGAUGUUUUUCUUGCCGGUGAUUCGCGGAAUGUCUAAAGUCACUCCUGAGGAGGUUAAAGAGUUUGAUAAUGUGAAAAUGGCGAUGAAGACCAAGGAAGCGGGUGGUGAUGCUUUUUCAGAAGAAUUGGCGGACAUUCUGGUGGACAUGCGGAACCGCGGGUAUUUGGAGCACGUACUGCAAACUCUAGAGUGGUUGAAGCGAGAAAUAAUACCAGAAGUGCUUAAAACAUUGAACAAAAACAGUGACCAAAUUAAAUCGAUAUCCACUUCUAGCAACGAUACCUACGCAUUAUCAGAGGUCAAUUUUAUAGACAUAGUGUUCAUCAACUACGAAAUGCGUCAUUUAGUGAUAAAGAGCCCUCCUCUUGGAAUUCCCAAAUUUUAUCAUGGCUCUGUUGAAGAGCCAAUUGAAAAAAGUGUUAUUGUACUCGAGAAUGUCACUGAAAAAGGCUUCAAAAUGUGCCCUACUGUUUUUGACAUGCCUUUUUGGUAUGUAAUUAGCGCCGUACGCAAACUGGGGUAUUUUCAUGAUACUCAUUAUGCAUUCAAGGAACGCGACUUGGAUAAAUUUAUGAAAAUAGUUAACGGUAUCAAAGAAGCCUGGUUUGUUGAUGGAAAUUUUGUGUCUAUCCUUUCUCAAUCCUUUCCUACCAAUUAUCCUACAGUUGGAAGCCGACCGGUCGAGUGGCUGCGGAAAAUCGACUAUGAUGAUAAUUUCUGCAAGAAAAUGGAACAUCACUUGAGUGACGCAUUUAGUACGAUAAUGCUCGAUGCUAUAAAACCUGUUGAACUACUAGCUACUUUGUGCCACGGGGAUUUCACACGGAGUAAUAUGCUUUUUCGUAGAGCAUGUGGUAUUAAUGAUAAUGAUAAUGAUGAUGAUGAUGAUGAUGAUGAUGAUGGUAAGAAGGAAAAGGAGAAGAGGUUAGAGGUAAUGUUAAUAGACUUUGGCAUGAUGAGAUACGCGUCCCCAUCCAUUGACCUUUCGACUUUUCUCUACCUUAGUGUCUCCUCAGAGGACAGGAAAAAUAGGUUCGAUGAGAUAUUCCGAGCUUAUCACGACGCACUACUGGAUUAUCUUGGGAAAGCCGGGUUAAUUGACCUAGGCCGGUACUCUUCCGAGAAGAUGCUCGAGAAUUAUAAGCGACGGGCUGCUUACGGAUUUAUUGUUGCAUUAUACUUUCUGCCCGCUUUGCAAGGGCUCUGUGAUGACCCAGAUAGAAACAAUGAGGCUGCUAGUGCAGUCCCGGAUGGGAGAGAGUUGGGAUUGAUUGCAAAGCUCGCGGGUGGUGAUGCUAUGUCAGCUCUAUUCGGUGAUAUGUUGCUUGAAUUAAGAGACACUGGCUGCUUAGAUCAUCUUCUUUAA